AUGACUCUCUCAAACCUAAGCAAAGGCAGUUACGAAGAUACUAGAUGCGAUCCCGGUUUCUACGCGAGGAACAACGAGGACCAGCGUCAUUUGAACCUCAAGGCGUUGGACAUGGUAGAGAAGGACUUAGAACACAGGUACGACAGAACCUUGCAUUUCUUGGACCUCGGCUGCGGUACGGGAGACUUCACGUGUCAGUGCCUCCUACCAAGAUGCCCACCUUGCGCAAGCAUCGUCGCUGUCGACUGCUCGGAGGAGAUGCUCUCGUACGCUCGCCAAACGUUCUCUCAUCCUCGCAUCCAGUACGACCGUCUGGACAUUAGUGGCAAUGUCGCCGACUUUGCGGCCAAGUACGGCACCUUCGAUCGUAUCUACUCCUUCUUCUGUCUUAACUGGGUUCGAGACCAGCACCAAGCAAUGAAAAACGUGUCCAGCCUUCUGUCGUCUGGCGGAGAGUGUGUUCUCGUCUUCCCAGCCUGGUCCCGGUCGCGGGUGCCUUGGACGAAGCUCGCGCGUCUCGAUCGUUGGCGCAGGCAUAAGGAAGCGUACGUCGACGUCGCCGCCGGAGACACCGCCCGGCCCGCUCUGAAGAAGUCUCCUGCUGAAUGCACUGGGAGUUGA